CAUACAUCGUGCGAUACAUAACGCGACCAGUGCCCUCGCAAUGGAGCUAAAUUUUAUAACAACAUUAAUCAAACACGAUGUUAAUCACAACGUGAAACAGUGUUUCAAAUCCAAAAAGCCAUUUAUUAUCCGAAAAGAAGAAGUAAUGGCAAUCAAGAGUAAAUUCCCCACCAAAAUACCUCUAAUCGUUGAGCGAUAUCAUAAAGAGAGAAAUCUGCCAACACUGGACAAAAAAAAAUUUUUAGUCCCGGAAGACAUCACCAUGUCUCAGUUUUUGGUUAUCAUCAGAAACAGGAUCAGAGUCAAACCUAACCAAGCUUUAUACCUAAUCAUCAAUAACAGGUCGAUGUUAAGUAUGAGCCUCACAAUGGCGCAAGCCUACGAAAACUAUGGGGAUGAAGAUGGAUUCCUUUACAUCACCUACGCCUCUCAAGAGGUGUUCGGCUACCAGGAUGAUAUGCAGGAAAAAUCGAACCGCGAAGUAGAAGCCAUUAGACACCGCUUCCCUAAUAAAGUCCCGCUGUACGUGACCAGAUACGUAAGAGAUCGUGAGGUGCCAGUAUUAGGGAGAACAAAGUUCUUAGUGCCACAGGAACUCACAAUGUCGCAGUUUCUGUACAUUAUAAGAACAAAGAUGAAACUCCGCGAUUCACAGGCAUUGUACUUGCUUGUGAACGACAAAGUUUUGGCGAGCCACAGUAUGACGAUGGCGCAGGCGUACCAGCAGUUCCGCUCUCACGAUGGCUACCUGCAUAUCACUUAUGCAGCACAACAAGUCUUCGGAUGAACGUAAAGAGUAAAUGAGCUGGUUUCGAAAUCCUAAGUUCCAAGUUCAUGGUGUUCUACUAAAAAACAUAUAAAGACUG